AUGACAAAGGUAAAGAGAGACGCAAAUGGUAACACCAUCUUCCGAAAGGACUCCCUCGGGCGAAAGAUCGCCUGUAUAAACUGCAUUAACAACCAUCGGUCCUCAAACUGCCUGCCCUCACACAAUAAUGAUGUCAGGGUAGUUGAUGGUGUGGGUCGGAAGAAAGGGAGCAAGAACCUCCUCCCCAAGGAUAGUCAAAAGGCCAAACACAAGGUCAAGAAGCCCGCCUGUCCUCAAAAGGGUAACCAGGGCAGGAGUUUACCGCUGCAGAACCUCCAGCUAGAGAACAUAGUGCAGGUCCAGCCUGCCAUCAUCCUCCAGGCUGUUCAUCAGCCUGUACAAGUUGGGGUGUUCCUGCAGCAGGACAUAUUUGAGGCUCUGCCUCAAGUGAACAAUGUCCAUCCUCAACCUGUGGUGAAUAACAUGCACGCUCAUCCUCGAGCGUGCAAUUUUUAUUCUCCACUUGGGAUGGACAAUAGGGUUGCUCAGCCCCCAGCUUCCCUUUCUCGCCCUUCACCUGUAGUAGACAACGGGCAUGCUGCUUUCCAGUCCGUGGUCAACUGCCAAGUGGCUCCCGAGUUCAAAGCCAUCCUGAAUCAUUGGAACUCGCUUGGGCUUAGCUUGGUGGACAGUGUGAAUGUUCCCCAACAUUGGGGGCAAAUGUCAGCUACCCAUGGCAGUGGCUUGAACGCAGGUGGGACAUAUUUCCCAGAUUGA